AUGUCUAAAGGUCUUGAUUACUCGACAUUUAUCGAGAAACUGAACGACUUAGAUGAUGAUGGUGAUUGCCGCUUAUCUGAGAAACAGUUCAAUUCCCUCCUUCAAGAAAUUCCCAUUUGCAAAAAAGAAGAUUUCGAAAAAAUCGCUUUUAAUGGACUUAAAGACCGUAAAACGAACACAAUUGAUUUUAAUCAUAUCAGAGUUCUAUAUGAAGCUGCUUACACUAACUUUAAGUGCAAAGCAAUGUUAUUAAUCCUAUUUCGUGGCACCGCAAGGAAUCGCGACCGUAAAGUCAAUUUGCAACAAUAUCAGUCUAUUGCAAAGAUCAUUCAAAAUGAGUACAACGAAGACAUCACGAAAUCUAAUUUCGAAAACCUUGAUGAAAAUAAGACGGGCAAGGUGACUUAUCCUCAAGUUGCUCUAUCUUUAUUUGGCAUCCACGUUAGCCAAAAGGAGAACCCAUUCAAAGAGAUUAUUGAAGUCCGAUCUCCACAUACUGGCUGCUGUUUACUUCUCUAA